UUCUCUCUGCAUUUGCCAGAACCCAACCCCAGCCCCCAGAAUGUUCCUCCUGCUAACAACACUCCAGAUCGUGGCUCUAGCCAUGGCACAGAGCCAAGAGGAUGAGAACAAGAUAAUUGGUGGUUAUACAUGCAUCCAGAACUCCCAGCCAUGGCAGGCGGCCCUACUGGCAGGUCCCUUUCGUCGUUUCCUCUGUGGAGGGGCCCUGCUGUCAGGCCAGUGGGCCAUCACUGCUGCUCACUGUGCACGCCCGAUCCUUCACGUAGCCCUGGGCAAGCACAACCUGAGGAAUUGGGAGGCCACCCAGCAGGUGCUGCGUGUGGUUCGCCAGGUGCCACACCCCCAGUACAACUCCCGGACCCACAAUAACGACCUGAUGCUGCUGCAGCUGGAGCGGCCUGUUCGGCUGGGGAGGGCGGUGAGGCCCAUCACCAUAGCCAGUUCCUGUGCCAGCCCAGGGACUCCUUGUCAUGUGUCAGGCUGGGGCACCACAUCUAGCCCCAUUGCCAGGUACCCCAACUCCCUGCAAUGUGUGAACAUCAACAUCUCCUCGGAUCAGGAGUGUCGGCAGGCUUAUUCCCAAGCUAUCACUGCUGGCAUGGUCUGUGCAGGUGUCCCCCAAGGUGGGAAGGACUCCUGUCAGGGUGACUCAGGGGGACCCCUGGUGUGCAAAGGACAGCUCCAAGGUCUUGUGUCCUGGGGGAUGGAACGUUGUGCCCUGCCCGGCUAUCCCGGAGUCUACACCAACCUGUGCAAGUACCAAACCUGGAUCCAGAAAACCAUACGGAGCAAAUGA